AUGGAGAGCCUGCUGGAGAAUCCGGUGCGCGCCGUGCUCUACCUCAAGGAGCUCACGGCCAUCGUGCAGAACCAGCAGAGCCUCAUCCACACCCAGCGCCAGCGCAUCGACGAGCUGGAGCGGCGGCUGGACGAGCUGAGCGCCGAGAACCGCAGCCUGUGGGAGCACCAGCAGCUGCUGCAAGCCCAGCCUCCGCCCGGGCUCGCGCCCCCUUCGCCGGCCACCGCGGAGCCGCUCCAGGACCACGGACAGCUGCCGCCCGCCGCGCCACGGCCCGCGCCCGAGCAGCCCCCGCUCCAGCACCACGGACAGCUCCCGGCUCAGCCCCAGCCGGGCCCCAGCGGCAGGGCUCCCGCGCCCCAGUCGCCCCACCAGCACCCGGUGGCGCCCGGGGCCGUGGCCGACAAGGAGAAGGAGCGUCCCCCGAGUUGUUGCGCUGCUGCUGGGACCCUCCUUCAGCACAAAUCCCCCGCCGCCCUCGGCAAGGGCGUCCUGAGCAGGAGACCCGAGAAUGAGACCGUGCUGCACCAGUUCUGCUGUCCAGCUGCCGACGCCGAGCAGAAGCCCGCCUGCUCCGACCUGGGCCCCCACAGUGACGGCGCCUGCGCCCAGGCCGGUGGGGGCACGGAGGACUCCGUGGCGGCGGCGGCGGUGGCCGGCAGACCCAGUGCCCACGCCCCGAAGGCUCAAGCCCAGCAGCUGCAGGAGGAGGAGGAGCGGCCGGGGGCGGGGGGCGCCUCCCCGCGGGCCGGCCCCCACCGCGCGGCCUCCCCUGGCCGGCAGCAGCCUGCCCUGGCGACGGCGCUCUGCUCCCGCGCCCCUGCCGCCUCCGAUUACGAAAUCUCCCUUGACCUAAAGAAUAAACAGAUUGAAAUGCUAGAACACAAGUACGGAGGCCACCUGGUGUCCCGGCGCGCCGCUUGCACCAUCCAAACCGCCUUCCGCCAGUACCAGCUCAGUAAGAACUUCGAGAAGAUCCGCAACUCGCUCCUGGAGAGCCGCCUGCCGCGGCGCAUCUCCCUGCGCAAGGCGCGCGCGCCCACGGCGGAGAGCCUGGCGGCCGAGAGGGCGCUCCUGGAGGGCUGCGGCCUUGCGGGGCUGCCUCUGGUGCGCUCGCCCUCCCUGCCGCCCACCUUUGCGGGCACGCUCACCGAGCUGGAGGACUCCUUCACUGAGCAGGUGCAAUCCCUGGCCAAGUCCAUCGACGACGCCCUCAGCACCUGGAGCCUCAAGACCAUGUGCUCCCUGCAGGAGAGCGGCGCUUACCAGAUCCACCGGGCCCUGCGCGCGGGUGCGGGACCGCUGGGCCUGGAGAGCGAGGCGCGGGAGCCCGAGGGCGCCUCCCCGGGGGCCGGGGCUGAGCCCGCUGAGCCCCCCAGUCCGCCCCAGGGCCAUGGCAGCACCCUCAUGAUGGCCUUCCGGGACGUCACAGUGCAGAUCGCCAGCCAGAACAUCUCUGUCUCCUCCUCCACGGCCCUGUCGGUGGCCAACUGCCUGGGCGCGCAGACGGCCCCGGCCCCCACAGACUCUGCGGUGGUUAAGGCCGAGGAGGGCGAGGCCAGGGCACAGGAGGCCCCGGAGGGCCCCGAGGCCCCCCGUGCCGGCCAGGGGCCCGCACCCGCUGAGGACCCGAGCGCAGAGGUGGAGGCCGGUGGGGCCCUGCGCGCCGGCUCGCCUGUGGCCGCGGGGCCAGUAGUGGAGGAGGAAGAAGAGGAGGAGACCGAGGAGGCGGCGAAAAGGACCGAGGCCGAACUGGAGGCCGGGGACAACUCGGAGCAGCUGAGCAGCAGCAGCACGUCCACCAAAUCAGCCAAGUCGGGUUCCGAAGCGUCAGCCUCGGCCUCCAAGGAGGCCCUGCAGGCCAUGAUCCUGAGUUUGCCACGCUACCACUGCGAGAACCCGGCGAGCUGCAAGUCACCCACGCUGUCCACCGACACCCUGCGCAAGCGGCUGUACCGCAUCGGCCUCAACCUCUUCAACAUAAACCCGGACAAGGGCAUCCAGUUCUUGAUCUCUCGAGGCUUCAUCCCCGACACCCCCAUUGGAGUGGCCCAUUUCCUGCUCCAGCGUAAGGGCCUGAGCCGCCAGAUGAUCGGCGAGUUCCUGGGCAACAGCAAGAAGCAGUUCAACCGCGAUGUGCUUGACUGCGUGGUGGACGAGAUGGACUUCUCUGCCAUGGAGCUGGACGAGGCCCUGCGCAAGUUCCAGGCCCAUAUCCGCGUGCAGGGCGAGGCCCAGAAGGUGGAGCGGCUCAUAGAGGCCUUCAGCCAGCGCUACUGCAUGUGCAACCCCGAGGUGGUACAACAGUUCCACAACCCGGACACCAUCUUCAUCCUGGCCUUCGCCAUCAUCCUGCUCAACACCGACAUGUACAGUCCCAACAUCAAGCCGGACCGCAAGAUGAUGCUGGAGGACUUUAUCCGGAACCUGCGAGGUGUGGAUGACGGUGCCGACAUCCCCAGGGAGCUGGUGGUCGGCAUCUACGAGAGGAUUCAGCAGAAGGAGCUCAAGUCCAACGAGGACCACGUCACGUACGUCACCAAGGUGGAGAAGUCCAUCGUGGGCAUGAAGACUGUGCUUUCGGUGCCCCAUCGCCGCCUGGUCUGCUGCAGCCGACUCUUCGAGGUGACGGAUGUGAACAAGCUACAGAAGCAGGCCACACACCAGAGGGAGGUGUUCCUCUUCAACGACCUGCUGGUGAUUCUCAAACUCUGCCCCAAGAAGAAGAGUUCCUCCACGUACACCUUCUGCAGGUCCGUGGGCCUGCUGGGCAUGCAGUUCCACCUCUUCGAGAACGAGUAUUACUCUCACGGCAUCACCCUGGUGACCCCGCUCUCGGGCUCCGAGAAGAAGCAGGUGCUGCAUUUCUGCGCCCUGGGCUUGGACGAGAUGCAGAAGUUUGUGGAAGACCUGAAGGAGUCCAUCGCCGAGGUGACAGAGCUGGAGCAGAUCCGGAUAGAGUGGGAGCUGGAGAAGCAGCAAGGAACAAAGACUCUCUCCUUCAAGGCCGGGGGAGCCCAGGGGGACCCGCAGUCCAAGCAAGGAUCGCCCACAGCCAAAAGGGAAGCGGCAGCCGCGGGGGAGAAGGCGGCGGAGAGCACGGUGGAGGUGUCAAUUCACAACAGGCUUCAGGUGUCCCCGCACAGCUCCGGGCCGGGGGCCGAGAGGGGAGCGCCGUUGCCAGACCUGCAGCCUAGCCCCUCGAGCGAGCAGCCCCCACCAGCGCCGCCGCCGCCGCCGCCCACGCCCCCCGGGACGCUGGUGCAGUGCCAGCAGAUAGUCAAGGUCAUUGUUUUGGACAAGCCCUGCCUGGCCCGCAUGGAGCCCCUCCUGAGCCAGGCUCUCUCCUGCUACGCCCCGGCCUCCUCCGACUCCUGCGGCUCCACGCCCCUGGGCGGCCCGGGCUCCCCGGUCAAGGCGGCCCACCGGCCCCCGCUGCCCCCGCCCCCACCCCCCUACAACCACCCGCACCAGUUCUGCCCGCCCGGCUCCCUGUUGCACCAACGUCGCUGCUCCAGCGGCUCCAGGAGCCUGGUGUAG